CUUUUACAAUCCUCAGCUUCUGCAUUCUGCAUUCAAUCAAAAUUCUAAGAUGGGCUACUUAUCUUCUGGGUGGCCCCAGGCUCUGCAUUUCAUGUUCCCUCUGUAUAUGAAGCUGACAACAAACAUACAGGAGGGAAAUCAAACGACCAUCACAGAAUUCAUCCUUCUGGGAUUUGGGGAUCUCCCUCAACUUCAGAUUCUUCUCUUCCUGGUGUUCCUAGUGAUUUAUAUUGUGACCGUGGCCGGGAACAUACUCAUCAUUGUACUAGUUGUGACUGAUGAGCACCUUCACACUCCCAUGUACUUCUUCCUGGGAAACUUGUCCUGCUUGGAGACCUGCUACACCUCUACCAUCCUGCCCAGGGUGCUGGCCAGUCUCCUCACUGGGGACAAGUCUAUUUCUGUUAUGGGCUGCAUCACUCAAUUUUAUUUCUUUGGUUCUCUGGCAGGGACAGAGUGUUUGCUUUUAUCUGUGAUGUCCUAUGAUCGGUAUUUAGCAAUAUGCAAACCUCUGCAUUACUCAGCAUUUAUGAAUGACAGGUUGUGCCUCCAGCUAGUGGUAGGGUUGUGGAUAGGUGGAUUUUUGUCUCUUACCAUCUUUGUAUUUAUGAUGUCACAAUUAACAUUCUGUGGCCCCAAUGAAAUUGACCAUUUCUUUUGUGAUUUUCGUCCAAUAAUAAAACUCUCCUGCACUGACAACCGCAUGGUGGAAUUUGCCAGUUUCAUAUCUACUUCCAUAUUCACCAUGCCUCCAUUUGUAUUGACGGUGGCAACCUAUGUUUGUAUCAUCUACAACAUCCUGAGAAUCCCGUCCACCACCGGGAGGCAAAAGGCCUUUUCCACAUGCUCCUCUCACCUCAUCGUGGUGACAAUUUUCUAUGGGACUCUCAUAAUGGUGUAUUUGGUCUCAGAAUCUGAUGCAUUGAGGGACCUGAACAAAGUGUUCUCUUUCUUCUAUGGAGUCCUGACCCCUUUGGUCAACCCCCUCAUAUACAGCCUGAGAAACAAGGAGGUAAAAGAAGCCUUGAGAAAAGCUCUCCUUAGAUUGUUUGUCUUUUUCAGGAAUUCAAAAUUUUAA